UUUGUGUUCACUUCUCUUUCAUCAUUCUGCAUAGCAUAAACCCUUGCCGCCGUGGAGCUAACUAACUAGGGUUUCCGUUUGAUUUCUCUUACAAUUUUCAACAUGGAAGGAAUCGAAAUGGAGGAAUCACCAUUCUCCAUAGACGAAACCAACGAUGAUUUAUGCAAUUCAAUCCUCUCUCGCUUCGAAAACUCCACCGACGAAACCCACCAACACCUCUGCGCCGUUAUUGGCGCCAUGUCUCAGGAACUCAAAGAGCACAAUGUACCUUCAUCACCAGUUGCUUACUUUGGUGCCACGUGUUCUUCCCUGGACCGCAUCGCAUCGGAAACUAAUCCGCCUAACCACCUAAUCGACGCGCUUCUCACUAUUCUCUCGAUUGUUAUUGCUAGAGUUCCCGUUGCUGUGUUGAAGAAGAAGAGAGAGUUUUUGUCUGAGCUUGUUGUGAGAGUUCUUCUCUCUCCGUCCGGUUCGGAGGGUGCAGCUAUUCAUGGAUUGAAGUGCCUUUCGCAUUUGUUGAUUAAUAGGGAUAGUGUUCAUUGGUCUGAUGUGUCUCCGUUGUUUAAUGUUUUGUUAGGGUUCCUUACUGAUUCACGUCCCAAGGUCAGAAGGCAAUCUCAUCUUUGUCUCCGUGAUGUCUUGAUAAACUUUCAACAAUCUACGCUACUAGCAUCUGCAAGUGAGGGUGUCAAAAACCUGCUCGAAAGGUUUCUACUGCUUGCCGGUGGAGCAAAUGCAAAUGCUGGCGAAGGAACUAAGGGAGCCCAACAGGUUCUGUUUAUUCUUGAUGCCUUGAAAGAAUGUCUUCCUUUGUUGUCGCUAAAAUACAAGAACAACAUUCUUAAGCACUUCAAAACCCUCUUGGAUCUGCGUCAACCCCUAGUCACUAGGCGCAUAACAGAUGGUUUGAAUUUUCUCUGUCUUUACCCGACAUCAGAAGUUUCCCCUGAAGCACUAGUUGAGGUGCUGAGCUCAUUAUCGGCUCUUACUAUCUCAUCAAAUGAGAUGUCUGGAGAUAGAAUGACAUUUACUGCCCGCUUACUUGAUGCUGGAAUGAAGAAAGUUUAUUCUCUAGACAGGCAAAUAUGUGUAGUUAAGCUUCCCAGUGUCUUUAAUGAUUUCAAAGAUAUUUUGGCUUCUGAACACGAAGAGGCCAUAUUCGCAGCCACAGAUUCACUCAAGAACAUGAUCAAUUAUUGCAUUGAUGAAAGUUUAAUUAAACAGGGAGUGGAUCAGAUAACUUUGGAUCAAUCAAGGAGAUCAGGACCAACCAUUAUUGAAAAAAUUUGUGCAACUGUUGAGAGCUUACUUGAUUAUCACUAUAUUGCUGCCUGGGACAGAGUAUUUGAAGUUGUUUCAGCUAUGUAUUACAAAUUAGGAAGUAAUUCUCCUUACUUUAUGAGAGGUAUACUAAAAAACUUGGAAGAUAUGCAGAAGCUGCCUGAUGAAGAUUUUCCCUUCAGGAAACAGUUGCAUGCGUGCCUCGGAUCAGCUCUUGUUGCAAUGGGACCUGAAACGUUGCUAUCCCUUAUACCACUGAAUUUGGAAGCUGAAGAUUUAGCUGAUUCAAAUAUAUGGCUUUUCCCAAUUCUGAAACAGUAUAUUGUUGGUGCGCGUCUAAACUAUUUUACAGAAGAAAUUUUGCCAUUGAUUGAACGUGUCAGACAGAAGGCUCAAAAGCUUGAGAAGCAGGGACUGAUGGUGUCAUCGAGGAAUGCUGACGCACUGGCUUACUCUUUGUGGUCUUUGCUGCCUUCAUUUUGCAACUAUCCUUCAGACACAGCUCAAAGUUUCAAGGAUCUUGAGAAACAUUUACGUAGUAAACUUAAAGAUGAACCUGAUAUUCGUGGAAUAAUAUGCACUAGCUUGCAGCUUCUGAUUAGACAAAACAAGAAUAUUAAGGACUCAAAUGAUAUGGAUAAUGUUGGGCAAGAUAUGGCCAAAGAACAAGUAUUGGUUCAUUGCUCACAACAGGUUGCGACAGAAAAUUUGAGGGCAAUGGAAAUAUCUGCAAAGAACUUGUUGAAAGAUCUGUCAGAAGUCUUUCUGAAAUCUACAAAAGAUGAUGGUGGUUGUUUGCAGGGCACAAUUAGUGAUAUUGCUUCUAUAGCAGAUAAAAAAGUUGUGCAGAACUUAUUUAAGAAGAAAAUGUCAGACCUUUUAAAAUGCACUCAAAUCGCCAACAACGUAGACAACACAGAAAGUUCUAUGCAGAUUGAUGAUGCAUCAAAUGAUGUGUCUCAAUCAGUUCUCAGGGCACGACUUCUUGAUUUCGCAGUUUCAUUGUUGCCUGGAUUAGAUGUGAAAGAUAUUGAUUUAUUAUUUCAAGUAUUAAAGCCAGCCUUGCAGGAUGUUGGUGUCAUGCAGAAGAAGGCAUACAAAGUUCUUUCAAUCAUACUCAAGAGCUCGGAUAGUUUUGUUUUAUCGAAGCUUGAGGUUAUGCUUGGGCUUAUGGUUGAAAUUCUUCCUUGCCAUCCAUCUGCCAAACGCCAUAGACUUGAUUGCCUUCACUUCUUGAUAGUCCAUGUCUUGAAGUCAGAGGUAGUCAAAGUUGAGUUCCUUAACUUCUUAACAGUCCAUGUCUCGACGUCAAAGGAUGAUUCGAUGACCUGGCCAGAAGUUUUCCUCACUGAGAUAAUAUUGGCUCUUAAAGAGGCUAAUAAAAAAACCAGGAACAGAGCUUAUGACAUUCUGGUUGAAAUUGCCCAUGCAUUUGGAGACGAGGAGAGAGGUGGGAACAGAAAAAUCCUGUAUCAAUUUUUUAUCAAGGUUGCUCAUGGACUUGCUGGAAAAACUCCACAUAUGAUAAGUGCAACAAUCAAAGGUUUAGCUCGUUUGGCCUAUGAGUUCUCUGAUCUUGUUUUAACUGCCUUUGACUUGCUUCCAUCCACGUUUGUCCUGCUCGAAAAACAAAAUAGAGAGAUAACUAAGGCCAAUCUUGGUUUAUUAAAGGUAUUAGUAGCCAAAUCCCAAGCAGAAGGAUUGCAAAUGCAUCUGAGGAGCAUGGUGGAGUGUUUGUUUAAGUGGCAAGACGUUGCCAAAAAUCAUUUUAAAGCAAAGGUUAAACUUCUUUUGGGAAUGCUUGUCACGAAGUGCGGAUUGGAGGCCGUUAAAGCUGCCAUGCCUGAAGAGCAUUUGAAACUUCUAUCUAACAUACGCAAGAUCAAGGAGCGAAAAGAGAGGAGUCGAGGUGCUAAAUCUGAAGAAACUAGAUCUCAUAUUUCAAAAGCAACUACAUCCAGGCAAAGUAGAUGGAAUCAUACAAAUAUUUUUUCGGAUUUCGAUGGAGAGAGCGCCGGUAGUGACGCAGAAUACCUGAACGGCAAGGCAACUACUAGAGGGGGCAAAUCUUCCAUGAAUCUCAAAUCAGCAGCAUCUUCUUUUAGGUCCAAUAUGAGACUAAAAAAGAAUUUGCCUGGAUACUUAUCUGACGAAUCAGAUGAUGAGCCACUUGAUUUGCUUGAUCGGCAGAAAACAAGGUCAGCUCUUAGAUCGUCUGAAAAUCUCAAAAGGAAGUCAAGGUCAGACGAUGAUGAGAUGGAGGUAGAUUCUGAAGGACGUUUGAUUAUCCGCGAGGAAGGGGAACGCAGGAAGGAAAAACCAGCUGAUUCAGAUUAUGAUGCUAGAAGUGAGCGUGAUAGUCAUUUGUCUGGGAGGUCUGGAACUAAAGCCCAGAAGCGGAGAAAAACAUCAGAGUCUGGUAAGGCUUACACAGGGAAGGUCUAUUCUAGCAAAAAAGCUGGUGGAGAUUUGAAGAGGAAGGAUAAGCUGGAACCUUAUGCAUAUUGGCCACUUGAUCGAAAAAUGCUGAGUCGGCGGCCACAGCACCGGGCUACUGCAAGAAAAGGUAUGGCUACUGUGGUAAAUAUGGCAAAAAAGUUUGAAGGCAAGAGUGCCUCUGGCGCACUUUCUCUAAAAGCUGGUAUGAAACUAAAAAGAACCCAAAAGAAAGGCAGCACGGGAAACAAAAGGUAAGUAACACCAAUGGAGAUCGAUAAAACUGUGAUUUGCUGAAGGCAAUGUAUUUAUUUUACUUGAUGAGAAAGGAAAACAAGUUUUAUGGUUGCAGUUUUCUUAUACCGAUAUACACGAGUAGUUGUGAUAAAUUUUUUCAUUGAGUGAUAUCAUGUAUUAUUUGCAACCCGACUUCUAGAGUAUUUUUCUAGGAGAACGAAAUAUUAUUUUUUUGGUAGCAAGAACGAAAUAUUGUUUAAAUUGUACUAUACUAAACUAUUAAUACAUGUUUUUUUUUUCUUGUCUUAA